AUGACUCAGCCAACAGACUGUCACGUACAUUUCGAUGUACCAAUGGAGGGUGAUGAAGUAUCUAACCCACCAUCAUCUUAUGCUAGUGACAAACCACAAAGGUUGGAUUUUGGAUUUGGCAAGCCACCUGCGCUUGUGAAGGCAUAUAUGCCGGCGGCGAUCCAGCCAUUUAACUUUCGAUUUGCACCCACGCUGCCCCCGCCAACGCCGAUCGUACUUAACUUUGGAUGGACACCAGGAAUGCCAAAGAAGGAUCCUGUAAAACCUGUGGCAAAAUCAUUCAACUUCGGCAUGGAUACUCAUGCCACUAAUUCACCUCUGGCCAUAUCCAGAAUGCCCAUGAACUUUGGCUGGGAGCCCGCUGUCCAUGUUACAACUCCCCCGGCUAUAUCCACAAACCCGAUGAACUUUGGUUGGGAGCCCGCUGUCCAUGACACAGCUCCCUUGGCUAUAUCAACAACACCUAUAAACUUUGGUUGCGAGCCCACCAUUAAUGCCACAGCACAUAUUCAUGAGGGUGCCCCAACACCACCCAAUGUCAGCACAUCUCCACCACCCCCUCUGAAAGCUGCACCAUUGAACUUUGGGUGGGAAAAGAAAGCCUCAUCCAUGCCGGCUCCUGCUCCACAUGUUGGAUAUGACAUCUCCAAUCAACCUUUCAAGUUUGUUACUCAAGGCCCUGUGGCGAAAGUGGGAGAAUGGACUCCAAUCCCGAUCACGGUUGCCAGCCCAGCGACAUCAACAACAACAACUCCUACUGUAGUUCCUGUGGGAUACAUCCCAAGCCAGUUGCCCUACACCGAUGGGCAAUUCCUGAUCCCUCACAAACCAGUUCAAGAUUCCGCCGGUCAAGGACGGCGGCGUGAGAUGAUUGGAUUUUUAGUCGCAGAUGCCAACACGGCUGCGAUAAACAUUGUGGAACGACUCCGAGGAGAUGAAUUUAAUAAACUAGUGGAGACCAUGCUUGGCAGUCUUGUCAGCCACGGCGAUGAUGUUCGUGAUCCCAAUGAAGCUGACUUGCUUGACAGUAACCGAGCCAUUUUGGCGGUGUUCAGUGAAUGCAGAGACCGGUUGGUUCGAACAUUCAAGGACCUCAUCACGCUCCAUCACACUGCUGAGCACCACACCCGCCAACUCACAUAUCUGGAGUCACUUUCAAGACAAGUUGAGAAUGCAGAGGGGAGCACCACCGGUGGUUCCUAG